AAUGCGGAGUGGGACCCACAAUACCUACCGCGUAAAGUCCCGGGAAUGGGAGCAUCACAGAUUCACACAGUGACAGUGUGUGGUGUAAUCGUGUUGGGAACUUGGGUAGUUCGUUAGCUUUUGCAACCUAACUAAUUAAAGGAAGCAAGUCAGUGAGGAAGGAGCUUUUCUCUCUGCCAUUGACACCCCUUUAAUUUGACUUACUUUCCCCAUUUAUUUACUUGUGUAAUGUAGCCUUAAUUAAGGGAGAAAGUUUUCCUUCAAAACCACCACACCACCCAUCGAGUUCGAGGGUUGUUGUUUUUUUGCUCUAUUUUGAGAUUCGAGUCUUGAGUAAUAUACUCGUCAAGGAAGAAGAAGAAGAAGAAUGGGGUCAUCAUCGUGUGGAGCAAUGGAUGACUUCUUCAAGCAGUGUGAACAAUCUGGAGACGCAGCUUACGCGGCCUUAAAAUCUCUGCUGGAGAAGCUCGAAGAUCCGUCCACCAGAACUGAAGCUCGGAUCUUCCUUUCCAAUCUACAGAAGCGCUUUGAAAAUGAGGCGGCUUCCGAACAAUGCUUCCACGCCUUCCAUUUCCGUAUCCACGACAUUCUUCUUGGUGGUUACCAAGGUUACCAGAGGAGGAAGAAAUUGACAAUGAUGGUGAUUCCAAGUAUUUUUGUCCCAGAGGACUGGUCCUUCACUUUUUAUGAAGGACUGAAUAGACAUCCUAACUCUAUAUUCAAGGACAAGACAGUUGCCGAACUUGGUUGUGGAAAUGGAUGGAUAUCCAUUGCACUGGCUGAGAAUUGGUCUCCAUUAAAGGUAUAUGGCCUUGAUAUAAACCCAAGAGCCGUAAAAGUUGCAAAAAUAAAUCUGUACUUAAAUGCUUUGGAUGAGAAUGGACAGCCUAUUUAUGACGGAGAAAAGAAAACUUUGCUUGACAGAGUGGAGUUUCAUGAAUCUGAUCUGCUUUCUUACUGUAGAGAUCAUAAAAUAGAACUGGAACGAAUUGUUGGUUGCAUACCUCAGAUUCUUAAUCCGAAUCCAGAGGCUAUGUCAAAGAUGAUUACAGAAAAUGCAAGCGAGGAAUUCUUAUAUUCAUUAAGUAACUAUUGUGCACUUCAGGGUUUUGUUGAGGACCAAUUUGGAUUAGGUCUAAUAGCUAGAGCUGUUGAGGAAGGAAUAUCUGUCAUCAAACCUCUGGGGAUCAUGAUCUUUAAUAUGGGAGGGCGUCCAGGACAAGGUGUGUGUAAACGCCUGUUUGAACGUCGUGGUUUCCGUGUCACAAAGCUUUGGCAGACCAAAGUUAUUCAGGCUUCUGAUACAGAUAUUUCGGCCUUGGUUGAAAUUGAGAAGAAUAGCCCUCAUCGUUUUGAGUUCUUUAUGGGGCUUGGUGGUGAUCAACCUAUCUGUGCUCGAACAGCCUGGGCCUAUGGGAAGGCUGGUGGCUGUAUCUCACAUGCUUUAUCAGUCUAUAGUUGUCAACUUCGUCAACCAAACCAUGUGAAGGUAAUAUUUGAUUUUAUCAACAAUGGGUUCCAAGAGGUCAGCAAUCCAUUGGAUUUGACUUUUGAUGAUGAUUCCGUUGCCGAUGAGAAGAUUCCGUUCCUAGCUUAUCUUGCCAGUGUGUUGAAAGAAAGCUCAUUUCUCCCAUAUGAACCUCCAGCUGGAAGCACCAGAUUACGUAAUCUUAUUGCCGGGUUUAUGAAAACAUACCAUCAUAUUCCACUUAAUACUGACAAUGUUGUUGUAUUUCCAUCAAGGGCUGUGGCAAUUGAGAAUGCUCUUCGAUUGUUCUCACCACGGCUUGUCAUCGUUGAUGAACAUUUGACCAGACAUCUACCGAAACUAUGGUUAACCUCUCUAGCAAUAGAGGCUGGAUGUGAUGUUGAGCCUUCGGAGGCUGCUGUUACAGUUAUUGAAGCCCCACGCCAGUCAGAUCUGAUGAUAGAGUUGAUAAAGAAGUUGAAACCACAGGUUGUGGUCACUGGGAUGGCUCAAUUUGAGGCAGUUACGAGUUCGGCUUUUGAGCACCUUUUAGAUACCACAAGGGAGAUUGGAUCUCUUCUUUUCUUGGACAUAUCUGACCACUUUGAGCUUUCUAGCCUCCCUGGUUCGAAUGGGGUACUGAAAUAUCUUGCAGGAAAUAUCCUGCCCUCACAUGCAGCAAUUAUUUGUGGUCUAGUUAAAAAUCAGGUAUAUUCAGAUCUGGAAGUAGCUUUUAUCAUUUCAGAAGAGGAGUCCAUUUAUAAGGCAUUGUCGAAGACGGUGGAGUUGCUUGAAGGGCAUACAGCUUUAUUUAGCCAAUAUUACUAUGGUUGUCUUUUCUAUGAGCUUCUAGGCUUUAAGCUUGCUGAUCGUCAUCCACCUGCACAGAGGGAAUGUGAGAAGGCAAGAACUGUUGAGAUGAUAGGGUUCACUAGUUCUGCCAUCUCUGCUCUUAAUACUGGUGAGCUAUCUGUUAGUGGGUUACAGAACUCUUCAGUAAUUCACAUGGAUGUAGAUCAGAGCUUCCUCCAGAUACCUGCACCUAUAAAAGCUGCCAUCUUUGAGAGCUUUGCAAGACAGAAAUUGGCUGAGUCAGAAAUCGAUGUGAAUAUUGGCAUCCGACAGUUUAUCAAGAACAACUAUGGAUUCCCAACUGACGGGUGUAUAGAAGUUAUAUAUGGAGAUUCCCCUCUAGCUCUUUUCAAUAAGAUGGUACUUUGCUGCAUACUGGAAGGUGGAAACUUGUGCUUUCCUGCUGGCUCAAAUGGCAAUUAUGUUUCUGCUGCCAAGUUUGUGAAUGCAAACGUUCUGGAUAUCCCAACCCAGUCUGAAGUAGGAUUUAAGCUCACAGAGAAGGUACUAACAAGCUUCCUUGGAACGGUGAAGAAUCCUUGGGUUUAUCUUUCAGGUCCAACAGUCAAUCCAACAGGCUCUCUUUACAGCAAUGAAGAGAUGAGAGGAAUAUUAUCUGUAUGUGCCAAAUUUGGGGCAAGAGUGUUGAUUGAUGCUUCUUUCUCGGGAUUGGAAUUCCUCACUGAGGGUUGGGACAUGUGGAAUUUAUGGGAUAGUUUGUCGAAAUUGAAUUCCCGAUGCAACCCAUCUUUUUGUGUUUCAUUGCUUGGUGGACUAUCUUUUGAGAUGCUGACUGGUGGCCUUACAUUUGGGUUUCUGGUUCUAAAUCAGCCUCAUUUGAUUGAUGCAUUCUAUUCCUUCCCAGGAUUAAGCAAGCCUCACAGCACCGUCAAGUAUGCUAUAAAAAAGUUGCUAGGUCUUAGAGAGCAGAAAGCUGAGAAUCUGUUGGAGGCUGUUGCGGGGCAGAAAAAGAUUCUGAGUUGUAGAUUUAACCGCUUGAAUGAGGUAAUUUGUUUGCGUUUUCAGAUAUCAGAACCUUUAGGCUUUUUGAUAUUUUUUAUUUCAAAUUAUGGUAUUAUAUUCAGGUUGAAAAAGUUUGAAACUUCGAUAAUUAUUGAUUAGCUUCCAGAUUAACUGAUCACUUGGUUGGCUACUUUUGUAAAGAAAGCAUGGACCUGCAACCUUGAGCUUAAAAGGGACACCUCCAUUGGGUUAUGUAACAAUGACAUGGAGAUUUGUCUUGGCAUCCUACAUGGAAACUGGAUGUAUUACAAUGACAUGGACAUGUGUCUUGAAGUUCUACAUAGCAAGCUAAACUUGACAUGCAGAUUACUUUUUAUAUGCAAAUAUAAUUAUGCCUUUCCCUAUGGAUAAUCGCCUAAAUGUACAUGCAUAGUUUACCUGUAGAAUUACAUUAUAUGUUCUUACAUGCACAGUACCAGUAGAAGUACAUUAUAUGCUCUUGCAUGCACAGUUUACAUGCAUAAACUUGUAAAUUGUCACAUACCUACCUGCAUGGAUACAUAAGUGUGUACCAAAAUGUCUAUUUAUGUAAUGCCUGCAUUCAGUUGCCAACUGCACAUGGUGUAACAGAAGCUUCUGAUUGGAAAAGGAGAAAGAAUAAAAUAAAAAAUAAAUAAAUAAAAAAAGAGAAGAAGAAAGAGGACAAACUUUUAUGAGCUUCACCGGUGAAACCUCUUAGGUUUACAGCUGGAGGUCAGCAAGACUAAUGGGAAUGUUGGAGACACUAAAAAACCGGCUUAUGUUUCAUGUCUCAUCUGGAAUUGAGACUUAAAAUUUAGGUCGCCUUCAGAUUUUUGUUGGUAGGAAGUGUUUUAAAAGUAUCAGAAGGAAAAUGAGUCAUAGUUCAUUCCACAUAUAUGCUGGCUAGAUCUCUACAAAUAUGAUAGUUCUCCAACGUUGGGACUUCGUAUGGUCUUGGAUCAAUUUUUAGUACCUGUCCACCACCUACCCCUCUAUUUCCCCCUUUCCACUCCUUCACACAGAGCUUGUAGGUGGUUCUUCACAAUGGUGGUGGGAGGACCGGUGGGGUUUUGUGGACCUCUCCUCGUGAAAAGAGUGGUGUGGGUCCAAUGGUUUCUAGUGACUAAGAAUCGCCACCUAGAUUAGGUUCUAGGACUCAUUGCUAAUUGAAAUUGGAAUGACUUCAUCCGAACUGUCUAACCACAGGUUAGGGUUCGUGUCAGGUUGCGGUCCGAGAAAGGGGUUAGGCACCUCAGUUCACCCGGUAAAACCGGAUUUUAACCCUAGGUAAUUACACAUUAUUGAAUGGACUGGCUAGGUUUGUACACACAUAUGCAUCAAUAUCACAUACACAUUGAAAGGAAAGCAUAGCCAAAAAAUGUAAAAGGAAAGGGGUAAAAUCCACAUACCCAUAUCCAGCUGCUCUCCACGGUUAGUAUACUGAAUGUAAAACAAACAUGCUGAUAUGACAUGUGAUGCAGAUUCUUCACCAAACUAGGCUUGUUUUAUUAGGAAUAAGC